GAUGGCGUGGAGGGGCGGCCGUGACCGCGGCGUGGCUCGGGCUCCGACCGGCCCUGCCCCUACCGAGCCCUGACGGGCGGGAGCGCGGCCGGAGAUCGGGCAGGAUAGAUAAAUUAUACACUUCCAGUUUCCAUGCAUUUCACUGACCUUGGUUGUGAAGGCUUGUCAUAUGAUACAGAUAAACAUAUCUUGGACAAAUCUUGAAGGUUAUUUGACUUCAUUUUGAAUUGCAAUAACUGYUGUCACACAGCACAUGUGUAAAUAUGCAGUCUGCUAAUAUGCUUCUGAGAAAAAUUGUAAGAAGUUCUGUCCUGCCAUUUGCUGCACAACAUGGGAUGAAAAAGGAUUUGUUUCCACUUAGUAGAACUCUGAGUUUAUCACUCUGUCUGAAGCAGGACAAGUCAUGUGAACCCUCAGAAAAACUAGAUUUAGAUGCGUGGAAGAAGGUAAUGAAAUCUGGGUUUCAAGAAGAGGUCAGUGAGAYGGUCUCAGAGCCUAAGGAGCCUUCCAGUUUGGCUGCUGCAAGUGAGAUGUUGGAGAUGUGGAGGCUAUCUGGCAGAUUAGUUCCAGAAAAUAUCACUGAAGAACAGCUAAAAACUUUUAUGGAGUGUCCUUCUAAGUCAGCCAAAAAGAAGUAUUUAAAAUUUUUGCAUCUCAAAGAACUYUACAAGAAAAGAAAGAUGGAUAAGAAAAUGGAAAGGAGACUGGAAGCACAAGAUCAAGAUUCAAAAACAGAUGAGACCAAAAGGAAUUCAAUCAUAUAUGUGCAAACCAGUACUAUGGAUAAAGCAUACAACUGGAGGGCUGCUCAGUCCAUGAUCUUUGGCCAGCCUCUAGUAUUUGACAUGUCUUAUGAAAAAGAAAUGUCUGACCGAGAAGUYGCAAAUACAGUGAGACAGAUAGUACUGAGUGAAAGCUGCAAUCGGAGAUCUGCAGAUCCCUUCCACAUCCACUUCUGUAACUUCAAAGAAGAUAGCCUCUAUCACAGGGAAUUCAUCAAGCAGUACAGAGAGGGAUGGGGCAAACUGCUUAUCACAGCGACAGACCAGUGCUACACAGAAAUCUUUCCAAAAGAUAAACUCAUCUAUCUGACAGCCGAUUCUCCCAAAGUAAUGAAGACAUUUGAUCACAAUAAGAUCUAUAUUGUUGGGUCAAUGGUUGACAAGAGCAUAAAAACAGGAGUCUCUUUAGCACGGGCAAAACGGUUACRGUUGGAGACGGCAGCUCUUCCACUGGACAAGUAUUUGCUUUGGAGUAGUGGUGCCAAAAAUCUCACACUGGAUCAAAUGAUGCAUAUUUUGUUAACCUUGAAAGAUACUGCUGACUGGAACAAGGCUCUGGAAUUUGUUCCAAAAAGGAAAUACAGUGGCUUUGUAAAAAAACCUGUAAACAAACCUGUAAACAAACCUGUAAACAAACCUGUAAACAAACCUGUAAAGGAACUGAAAAAAACCUUAGACCUGAUCAACGCACUUAAACUUAGAAAGAGACCGGAAGAAGUACAAAAGCAAUUUGCCACAAACUACCCCAAGAAGUAUAAACUAAAGCAGAAGUAGAGUGAUGGGGAGAAUUUUUUACACACAAACUGCCCUUUAAUACUCAGGCUUCUCAGUACAUCUGGAACUCUGUUCAGCUCUUAAUCUUAAAACAUGUUCUAUUGCUUACAUUUGAAAUGACCAUUGUUAAGAAGAGUUUGGCUUUUUUAAUUACUUUAGUAGUCCAGCUGUUUAAAUUUAUUCAGUCAUUAAUGAAAUUAUGUAGGAGAAAUGAGAUAAUCAGUUAAAAAAAAAUCCCCAAACUCUACACAAACAAUACCAGUCUGUUCAAUUGAAGUAUCCUGGGACAAGGAUGAUUGUUACUGAAUGCAAAGGUUGUUCUUCAGAACUCAUUGCUUUGGAGAUUGUAUACCUCAAGUUUUAUUCUAAAAGAUCACUAAAAUGAAGUAAAGAGACCUCCCCUAUUAAUUCCUGAAUCUUCUUAUGCAGAUGAAUUGACCUUUGAUAGCUGAACUAAAAACAAAUGGUUAAAACCUUGCAUGAGUUUGGGGAGCGCAUAAUUUAUUUCCGGGUGUUUUGUCUGGCAAAAUCAAGUCCCUGUUUGGAAGAAAUAAGGCAAAUUUGACUGUGCCAAAAAAAAAAACCUUUCACACUUUCAUGUAAGACUUAUCCCAGGAUGCCUGUGUUUUCAGGCCAUAUAAUGGGGAUUUUCCAAAGUGCUGAAACUUCUGAGAUUGUAAACAGUCCUAUUAAUAAAUACUUCGAGGAACAGAGAGCAUUUUAAUAUUUCUCACAGCUCAGAAUAUAUUGAUGUCUCUGAAAGUCUGUGUUCAGGCUGCAGAGCUCUGAUGGGCAUCUUGUUAAACAGAGUUU